GUUACCGCACGUACGUGUGAAUGGCCAGGAGAGCUAGCGGUUGCUUCAUCUUUUAUACACACACAUACACACGCCGGCGGCCUCCCUACUCCACUCUACUGUAACAUCCACGCAGCAGCAACCUAGCUUUGAUCCAUCCGACGAUGGCUCGUCAGCAGCAGCAGCAGCACAUCCAGCUCGCGCCUCCUUCGAGUGGCUCGCCUGCUGCAAAUUCAUCGCCGAAUGAUGCUGAUGGCGCACGCUUGGUCCAGAUGUGCCCUUCUCUCUACCGCACUGCCUACGGAGGUCGGACGGAGGAGGUCAUGGCGCUGCUUCUGCAACGACACGGGGCAGAGCGCUACCAAUCCACUGGUAUUGUUCAGCAUGGACAGUGCGACAUACUAGAAGUGAGCGCGGAGAGGAACACCGUCCUUCACGUGGCCGCGGAGCAAGGGCACGACGAGCUGAUCUUGGAGCUCUACCUCAGGUUCAGGGAGGAGCAAGGCCUCCUCUCUCGCCGGAACUCAUCGCUGGACACGCCGCUGCACUGUGCGGCGAGGGCGGGGCACGUCAGGGCCGUCGCAGUCCUCGUCCAGCUGGCCGGCCAGGACUUCGGUGAGAGCAUUCUGGGUUGCAAGAAUGAAGCCGGGGACACGGCCCUGCACCUGGCGGCGAGGCACGGGCAUGGCGACGCAGUGGAGGUCCUGGUCUCGGCGGCGGCAGGGCCGGCCGGCGAGCUGAACAACGCCGGCGUGUCGCCGCUGUACUUGGCGGUCAUGAGCGGGUCGGUGCAAGCCGUCCGAGCGAUUGUUAGUACGUGCAGUGAAGCGUCGGCUGUCGGGCCGAGCUCGCAGAAUGCUCUCCACGCUGCCGUCUUCCAAAGCUCAGAAAUGGUUGAGAUGCUACUGGAAUGGAGACCGGCUCUGGCCGACGAGGUCGACAGCGGCGGCAGCAGCCCGCUCCAUUUCGCAGCGUCCGACGGCGACCGGAAAAUCGUAGAGGCCAUCCUGCGCGCCGGGCCGCCGGGAACGGUGUACAGGAAGGACUCGGGCGGCCUGUCGGCGCUCCACGUAGCGGCGCGGAUGGGCCACGACAGCGUCGUGAAGGCGGUGUUGCGGAGCUGCCCCGACGCCGCCGAGCUCCGCGGCGGCGACGGCGGGACCUUCGUGCACGCCGCGGCCAGGGCGAAGAGAUCCAAGGUGGUAUCUUUAGCCGUCAAGAACCCGGUGCUGCACGGCCUCCUUGACGCGCAGGACAGGGACGGGAACACGCCGCUCCACCUCGCGGUGGGCGCCGGCGCGCCCGGUGUCGUGGAGACCCUGCUAUGGGUGGGCAAGGUGAGGACAGAUGUUCUCAAUAACCUUGGGCGCACGGCGUUCGAUCUCGUCGUAGGAUCAACCAGUUUCUUCACCAUGGUAAAACUCGUCGUCACCCUAGUUGCUUUCAAGGCACAACUCCGGCCGCAAAGGCAUGACCGUCUAACGCCAUGGAGCGACCACUACAUACUGGAAAAGAUGGGGAAGACGUCCGACAGCCUCGCGGUGGUGGCCGUGCUCAUCGCCACCGCGGCGUUCACCGCCGGGUUCAACGUGCCCGGCGGGUACGGCGACACGGGCGAGGCGAACCUCGCGAAGAAGCCCGCCUUCAAGGCCUUCGUGUUCCUGGACACCGUGGCCGUGGCGACGUCCAUGGCCGCGGUGUUCCUGCUCGUCUACGGGAAGGUGUCGCGCUCCGCUAGCUCGUGGAAGAGCUUCGCGUUGGCGCUGCAACUGAUGUGGGUGUCGCUGGUCACCCUGUUUCUGGCAUUCUACGCGGCUCUGGUCGCCGUGGUGACCACGAGGGCAGUACGUUACGGGUUCGUGGUCGUGCUCGCGUGCAUGUUCGUCUUGCAGUUGAGGAUCGGGGCGUGGAUUGGUACUGAUUGGCCGACGAUAUGCACCAUCUGGAGGUUUAUCUGGCAGCGCUGUCACUCGAAAGGAAGGCAUGGGAUCAAGCGGCUGUAUCCGCUCGUGUGCGCUUCUGUAGUCCAUCAUUUUCUGUUCGCGGCAAUUAGUUUCAUAUCGUUUUUCUGUUUUGGAGCAUUCACUGGACCAGCUGUUGCGAGCCCCUUCACCUCAUCACCUGCUUCUGCCCCCUCUCCUCUUUAGAGAAAAAAAAAUGUAGCAUCAGUAUCUCUGAUUUGUUACAGGCACUGCUAUAGUGCUAUGGUCCUCGUACGAGUUACUACUUAAUGAAUUUGAUUCUACCAAACUUUGUA